AUGGCGGACCCUGCCGCCUCUGCAGCUGCUCGAACUCCCGACUCCGAAGUAUCGCCAUUAUCGAAGCCAAAUCAGGAAGACGGCAAAGCUGGUUACUUCCCGCCCAAGACCGACGGGAGCGACGGCAGCGAUCGAGAUGAGACGCCGUACCCGACUAUCAAAGAGCCGUCGCCCAGCCCGUCGGUGCGCACAGAAGACGAUGCCUCGACCGUAGCGCAGGAUCCAUCAAGCAACAGCAGUGCGCCGUCUCGCGGCACUCUUUCGGCCAGGUCGUCGAUCGCAUCCGUUGUCUUCCGCCCGCCUCGCAACUUAGCUCUGCCACAAGGUGCGCAGCGGAAAACCGACGGUAACCGUCUCCGGAACUCGUCACCGCGACCAGAGAGGUUUCGGCAUCACGUUUCCUUUGACAACAUCCCAGUCGGCGAGGCAACCAAGAACAAUGUGCUGGGCUACACGAUCAAUCUGACGCAUGAUGGCUAUCAGCCCAAGCGACGCUCGCGCACCAUGAUGGCCGGCGUUGACCAGCAUUUCUAUUCUGACUAUGCACUACAGUGGCUGCUCGAGGAGUAUGCGGAGGACGGAGAUGAGGUCAUUUGCGUGCAUGUUUCGGAAAGAGACAGCCGUGACGACAAAAACUACAAGCCGAAAGCCCAGGCAAUGGUUGAGAGGAUAAAGCAGAAGAUUCCUCCGGACUGUGCCAUUAGCAUCAAGCUGGAGUAUGCCGUUGGAAAACUACACGAGACUUUCCAGAAGCUGCCCUCAAUGCUAGUCGUCGGCACACGCGGCCGAUCCCUUGGAGGCAUUCAAGGACUCGUCAACACGCGAAACUCUUUCUCAAAGUACUGUUUACAAUACUCGCCAGUGCCGACGGUAGUGGUUCGCGACAUCGACAAACGCAAGAAGAAAAAAGAGAAGCGGAGCCAGGAUCCGAACAGGCAGAGCUAUCUUUCCAUGCUGGCCUCCAACGACGGAAAGCACGAGGCGGACAGCGAGAACAGCAGUCUGUAUGAGCUGGAGGCAAGGCUCUCGCCCGACGAGGAAGCCCACAGGGUCGCCGCAGCUAUUGGCCUUCCGAGCUCAUUCGACCCCACAAUCGAGGGUGUUGCUCUUGAAUCGCGGAUGCAUCCACGAAUGCACAGCAUACCGACUUCGCCUCUGAAGGAGACUUUCCACGCCGAAGAGGUCGCCAGCGCUCUGGCGGCCGUGCCUGCACCACCUUCGACACUCGGUGGCAGUGAUGAUGAUGAUGAGAGCGCCGACGACUCUGGCGACGAGUUUGAGGUCAUGUCUGGCGAGCAGAUCAUUGCUAAGGGCGGUCAGGGCAACCCAGAUGAGAAGAUCAAAAAGACGAAGCUGCACCAAAUGGAGGUUGCCGAGGCGGCGGCGCUACGCGAGCAACCAGUUGACGAUGAUGAUGACGACGACGACGACGACGAUAAUACUCAGGGCGGCCCGGGAAGUCAAAGUGGCCAGGGACUGAAGGGAAAGCCUUGA